GAUCAACUAGAGAUUUUUUGGAUGUCCAUAAAACCAUUUUCCAUUAUAUUGGCAAUUUUCGUAAUUUCCGGAAAAUGACAGAAAAUUCAAAUGUUUUCCAGAAAUUAUGAAAAAUUCACAAUUGUACUAUUUUUUUUUUGUGCUGGUUACAAUGGAAAACUUGAAAGCGGGCAAAGCUACUGGUUUCAAUGCACUUACACAUAUUUAAUAUGUGGACAAUUUUUAGGUGGACUUAAUCUUUGCGGAUUGAAUCAGAGAAACUCGUCAUAAAGUGUGGUUUUCAUGCGAUUUAACUGCUUACAACAAAAACGUGACUUUUACGUAUAUAUAGCAUAGAAAGUUACUAACCAACAGUAGAUUUGACAAUAAUGAUUUAUGCAUGUUUAGGGUGGGAGAGAAUGUAGCAUUUACCGGAGGAAGAACGUGUUUGAUAAUAUCAUAAUGAAAAAUUAGCAAGAGCCACAUUUAUCUGUUUAACAAAAUGGUUUAUAAGUAGAUAUGACCAGAAUUUGUCAUUCUGUACUCUCUCUCUCUCCCUCUCCCUCACGUUCGGCCUCCCUCUUGCAGACAAUUCGAAACUAUCGUCCUCACUAGCUUUCUUUGAUCUUUUCCCUCUUGAAAGUUCUUGCCCAGGCUUGUUUAGGGUUUCCUCUCUCGGAUCUCGCGCCUCUCUUCUCAUCUCAGCUCGUGGGAGGGGCCAUCACCUAAUCUUCCUCAGUCAAACCUCUCGAGGAGCACGAACCUUCUUCAGCAUUUCCAAGGGGAGAAAUUAACGUACCCGUUAUUCUCAAGUCGACCAAGCCAACGAGUUUGACUCGACUAGAGGAUGAGGUCCAAAAGAAUAUAGGGCAAGGACUACAAGCACUUGCAGAAAAGCAACCAAAAAGCUUCUUUCGUUGUUCAUCAAUCCUUUUGAGCAGCAGAAAAAGCAUCUUUUCAUUUCAACUUUGCCCCUCAUAUCGCCAUGGACAAUGGGCAAAGUAACAGAAAGAGAGUAGAGGAAGAGAGCACUGAGGGAGCAUCCACUCCUUCAUUCAUCUCUCCGGUACCCACAGAUGUAGGUAGCGGUCAAUACGACGUGUUCUUGAGCUUUAGAGGCUCGGAUACCCGUAAGGCAUUUACUGAUCACCUCUAUCAGAAUCUGGUCAAGGCAGGGACAGUACCAUUUUGGGUGUUCAGGGAUGAUAAAAGCAUCCCAAUUGGCGAGGAAUUCAGUUCACAAAUUCUCGAUGCCAUCACACAGUCUAAGAUUUCGAUCCUCGUCAUCUCUGAAAAUUUUGCUUCGAGCAAAUGGUGCCUCCGCGAACUCAUUCAUAUCAUGGAUCGCAAGAAGAGCACGUCACACAUAGUCUUGCCCAUUUUUUACAAAGUUGCCCCAUCGGAUGUGCGGCAUCUAGAAGGAAAUUUUGGAAACGCCUUCCGUUCGAGUCAGGCGUGUUUUGAGGAGAAGGAUAUCCAGGAAGCACAGCAAGCACUUAAUGAAGUCAGUUACUUAAAUGGAUGGGAAUCUGAGAAAUUUACUGACGGGCAUGAGGGAAAAUUAAUAGAAUGUGUGGUCGAAACUGUUAUAAGCAAGUUACAGGAAGAUUUUCAACUGGAUGUGCCUAAGCAACUAGUUGGACUUGAGGGUCGUCUUGAGGAAAUUAUGAAUUGGAUAGACAGUCCUUCCAUCCAUGCUCGAAUGAUUGGAAUUUAUGGCAUGGGUGGGAUAGGCAAGACAACUCUUGCCAAGCACAUCUACAAUCAACUCUCAAAUAAAUAUGUGCAUGUCAGCUUCCUUCCAGAUGUUCGAGAAACUACUAGGCGCCACGGUAUUACGUAUUUACAGAGUCAACUUAUAUCGGAUAUACUACCUAGCAAAAGUCAAGUGUCUAGAAUUGAUGAUGGAAUUAACAUAAUCAAAUCUAGAUUCAAAGGAAAAAAGGUUCUCAUUCUUCUCGAUGAUAUAAAUGACAAGAAUCAACUACAUGCACUGGCUAGGGAACAAAAUUGGUUUAUGGCAGGUAGCAUGAUCAUUGUUACAACUAGAAAUGCAGCCAUUCUUGAUCAAUCUGAAUUCGAGGGAGUCUACAAGUAUGAAUUGAAUGAAUUGGAUCAGAAGCAUGCUUUGCUACUGUUUAAGAGACACGCAUUUCGUACAGACCAUUCUUCGAGGGACUUUGAGCGUAUAUCACAUGAUAUCAUAUCCACCAUGGGUGGGCUUCCCUUGGCACUUGAGGUCGUAGGUUCAUCCUUGUAUAAAAAAACGAAUCAAAAAGUAUGGGAAGAUGUGUCGAAGAAAUUAAAAAGCGAACCACAUAGAGAUGUCCAAAAGAUAUUGCGAAUAAGUUAUGAUGCAUUAGAAGAUGGACAUAAGCAGAUUUUUCUUGAUAUUGCUUGUUACUUAAUUGGCAAAAAUAGCAUAUUCGCCAUGUACAUGUGGGAGGACGAUGGGCUGUAUCCAAGUGAAGGAAUUGAAGAGUUGAAGUCGAGGUGCUUAAUUAAAAUUGGACAUCGUGGUAAAUUUGUGAUACAUGAUCAACUGAGAGAUCUUGGAAGGAACAUUUUUUGCGAAGAACAAUUGCUUGACAAACAUAGCGGACCAUGGGACAACAACUACAAGGGAACCACAAAAAUACUAAGCAAUGAAGGGAGCCCCUGGUUUGAUGACUGGAUGCGGGCAGCUUCAAGCGGAGGCUCCAACGAACUCCUUUCUGAAGUAAGAUGGCUUCAGUGGCGGGUCAGGGGAAGCGAAUCAGCCGCGCCUCUUCGACGACCAAUUUGCAUCUACCGAACUUAUCGGUGCUGGAUUUAUCAGGGAGCUGGGGCAUCACAGAGGAUUGGGAAGGAUGGAGGAGUUCAUUCAUGGUAAGAUUGGGGGGGAAAAAAAAGAGACAUCCUCCCUCUCUCUCCGUGAUUUAAGAUGGGGUUUUGUUUUUGUUUAGCCGAUCCCCCACUCUCAUUCUUUUGACAGCUUUAUUCUC